AUGGCCGCGAAAUCAGACGGUAAAGCCGUUUCUUUGCAGAAUGACAUUCCGCCGACGUGCCUCCCCGGGCCGGAGAAGCGCUCGCCCCAGUGGCGUCCCGUCGAGAAAGAGUAUUCGCUCCUGGACUGCUGCUGGACCCUCUGCGCCCUCUUGGUCUUUUUCUCGGACGGGGCUUCAGACCUGUGGCUGGCUGCCGACUACUAUCUCAGGCGGGACUACUGGUGGUUCGCUCUGACACUCGUUUUUAUCAUCAUUCCGUCUGUUGUGGUGCAGGUGCUUAGCUUCCGAUGGUUCGCGUACGAUUACUCGGACGCCAACGGGAGCGGCACGGCUGUGGCUGCCAUGGUAGCGGCGUCCAAUGCGGAGAGCCACUUCAGCACCAAGGACAGCGAUCAGCGGGGCGCUGGCCGCUCCGCUGCGGUCACCAAAACCCGGAGCAGCGCUGAGAGCUGCUGCAGAGCCUGCGUGUGGCUCUUCCAAAGCGUCGUGCACGUUUUUCAGCUGGCACAGGUCUGGAGGUAUGUCCAUGUCUUAUAUCUGGGUGUGCAAAGCCGCUGGCGUGGGGACCACGAGUACAAACACUUCUACUGGCGUACGAUGUUCGAGAACGCUGACAUCAGCAUGCUGAGGUUGCUUGAGACCUUCCUGAAGAGCGCACCUCAGCUCGUUCUGCAACUCAGCAUUAUGGCCCAGACCAGCCAGGUCCUCCCUUUGCAGGGUCUGUCUGCUUCAGCCUCACUAGUGUCUCUGGGCUGGAUGAUGGCGUCUUAUCAGAAGGCAUUACGGGACUCUCGUGACGACAAGCUCCCCAUGUCAUAUAAAGCAGUGGUGGUGCAGAUGCUGUGGCACCUGUUCACAGUGGGAGCCCGCGCCAUGGCCUUCGCCCUCUUUGUUUCCAUUUUCCAGCUCUACUUCAGCAUUUUCAUCGUGGCCCACUGGUGCGCCAUGACCUUCUGGAUCAUCCAAGGUGAGACGGACUUCUGCAUGUCCAAGUGGGAGGAGAUCAUCUACAACAUGAUGGUGGGCAUCGUGUACAUAUUCUGCUGGUUCAGCGUCCGUGAGGGCCCCACGCGGUGCCGUCUGCUGCUUUACAGCCUCAUAAUCCUGGGCGAAAAUGUGGCCCUCACUGCUGUGUGGUAUAUAUACCACAGCCCACGCACUUCAGACUUUUACGCUGUGGUGGUGGUGUGCGUGGUGGCCUGUAGCUAUGCCCUGGGCACAUUUUUUAUGUUUGUCUACUACUGCCUGUUGCACCCUGAUGGCCCUGUGUCUGGGGCCUAUAUUGGAUGUUGCGACGUCCAAGUGGGUGCUGUUUCAGAUCCUUGUGUCUCGUCGCCCACCUCCGCUCCUCCUCCCCUGGAUGUGGUGAGCAGCCCGCCGCGGACUCUGCAGAGGACUAAAGGAGGAGAGUCAGUACCAGGAGGAGAUGUUGGAGAAGUGUUUAAGAUGCGGACCCUUAAGGCAUCGCGAACCGCUGCGCCUCGCCUCACCCCAAGGACAGAGGGGCCGGUAAUUCGCAUCGACCUUCCCAGGAAGCAGUACCCAGCCUGGGACGCCCACUUCAUUGAUCGCAGGCUGCGAAAGACCAUUUUGGUACUGGAAGCCGCAGCUCCGGUCACACCAAGGAUCCAGUACCGCUGUCUAGGCACACCGAAGGAAGUGAUGGAAUACGAGACGACAGUCUGAGACGUUUUACCUUCUCCAAAUAAAAGAUGUAAUGUGUUAGUGAGCAGAAAAGUCAGUUCUGUCCAGCUUUAUUUGGUGAAGAAGAAGAGUUUGUCAGAUCUCCACACGACCCCUUAAUGACUCUUGUCAUCUGUGGAAGCACAUGAGACACUAGUGUCUAGAAAAGAGCCACCCUGUGGUGACAUUAGACAUUACUACAGGUUAUUGGGUUAGGAGGUUAGGCAGGGGUCUGACCAAAUUAAUGAAAGAAAGCAGUGAGGCCACGGUAAAUCUAUAAUGAGCAAAACAACAUAUCAGUGUGGUACAUUAACAGCAAUGGUGUUUAAACACUGCUUCAAACCAUUCUAGGUGUUUUUAAAUCUUUCGUGGCAGCUGCCGUAUUCAACAAAUACUGAAUCCAUUUGGUCAUAAUUCAGUGGGUAUUGAGGUUGUAGUCGGUACAAG